CUCCUGCCCUCCGCCGCCGCGGUUUCACGGCCUCUCCGCCGCUCGUCCCUUCGCUUCCUCCUUUCCUCCUCUCCUCCCUCUCUCUCCCUCCCCAUCCAACCAGCCAUCCAAACCCUAGAUCUUCGAUCCCCUUCAGAGCUAGCGAGUUGGUGUUACUUUCAUAUGUUUGAAGCCGUCGAAUAACUCAUUUCCCACGUCCAAAAAGGUAGGCCCCUUCCGCCUACGGUUCUUCAACUAGAGAAGAUGUCUGAUCCGUCAUGGCUCUGGCUAGAAACCCCCAGACAGCAGACUCGAGCUGGAGACUGGUUGACAGGUUUUCUCUCGGCUCGAUACGUGUCUACCCCAGGCCUGAUCGACAGCUUACCCGGCCACCCUCCUCUCCCCUUGACGACAGCAGCCCCCGCAGUCGACCCCCCGAUUCCAUGAAUCUCCGUCAUCGUGGAACAGCCCGGUCUGCAACCUUUGCAGAGGGUACAACCAACUUCCCAGGUCAACGUCGAAAUUCCAACUUCUCUGACUCGGUCUCUGAGGCCCGGAACUCAAUUCGGUCAUCCACGGACGACAUACUUUUCCCACGUGCAGCCAAGAGCAAUGACGUUCACUCGACAAAUGAAGAAUCGCACUGGCACUCUGCACCCUUGGGUCUUGCUCUGCUGCCUGCUAUCGCCGGAAUAUUUUUCCAGAACGGGAGUGCUGUAGUUACAGAUGUCACGCUUCUGGUACUGGCAGCCAUCUUCUUAAAUUGGUCUGUCCGAUUGCCAUGGGACUGGUAUCGCUCCGCACAGGCCGUCCGCUUAGCAGAUAGCUACUUUGACGCCACUGAUCUGCCAUUGGACUCGGAAACAGAGGAUCACCUAUCUGCGCAGAAACCCCAAGAUCAUGAAACAGGUCCUGAAAAUCAGCACUUCUCCGAGAAUGCUGCUGCUGUCGCCGCCAGUCGAGAGUUACAACUCCACGAACUUGCCGCUCUCGCAUCCUGCUUUAUACUUCCCUUGAUCGGGACAUGGCUCCUGCACACCAUCCGAUCCAAGCUAUCGCGCCCAUCCGAAGGGCUAGUGUCGAACUACAAUCUAACCAUUUUCCUACUAGCAUCGGAGAUUCGGCCUGUGUCUCAUCUCCUCAAACUGGUACAAGCACGCACCCUCCACCUCCAGCGCAUCGUUGUCUCCUCCUCUGAGGACGAGACGAAGAGGGUGGACGCAAGCAAAGUCAUCGAUCUCGCGAAACGGCUCGAGGAGCUCGAAGCCCACGUCGCAGAGACAGCUGCGGCGCGACUUUCAGCCAGCAAUCAACCUCAAGCUCGAUCCUCCGCACAGGAUCGAGAGAUCACUCGGUCAACAAUCACGGAAGUGCGCAAAGCCUUCCAGUCAGACAUCGAUGCCUUGAAUCGCGCCGUUCGACGCUACGAGAAGCGCACCGCCGUUUCCGCCUACCAAACGGAUUCUCGCCUCCAGGCCCUGGAAACCAAGAUGCAUGAUGCUUUGUCGUUGGCGGUAGCAGCUCAUCACACAAGUGCACAACGCCCGCGGGGCCUUGUUGACUGGUUCUUGGCGGCUAUGUGGAUCCCCAUACAACUCACCAUAUCCACAGUCUGUCUCCCGAUGCAGGUGGCAGGGGCCUGUCGGAAUUAUCUGAAAGCUCUUUUUCUUUCUUUCUUCUCGAAAGAGGCACCGUCAUCUAUCCAUACAAAGGGCAAAACAGUACAAGACAACCCUCGCUCACAGAAACGGUCCAAACGAACUGAAGACGCGAUCGAUCCGCCGCGGGGACUCAACCCUAUCCAAGAGUCUAAUUGACUCACAACCAGCGAUAACCGCAUUGUAUAUAGCCUCGAAGCCCGGCGAUGAGUCCACCAUGACGUAUCUUUCCCAACUUACGUUUCGGGUACGGGUACGGUAACUCAUCAGACACAGUUGCUGGUUGUUAUUCCUUUAUGUUGUUCCAGAUAGAGCUUCCCUCUAUUUACUCAUAUCACAAUUUUGUUUGUCUUGGCAGGACAGGAUACAAGCGCUCAAUCCAUCACAAUGGAUGUCAUGCGGGUCACUAUUUUGGAUCUCAAUCGGAGGGAUAUCUGGUGCAUUGGAUUGGUCGUAUUACAGUAUAUAUAUCUCUCUGUGGCUGCACGCACGAC